AUGAUGCUCCACUGUAGUUCUCUUCCCAUGUUGUUACUGGCACUGCAGUUCUCAUGGCCGUUACCGAUAAAGACGGUUUCAGUUGCGUUGCCUGAGAACAAUACCGACUCGGUUGUGGACUUGUAUAUCGCUGCUAUGUUUCCGUUCACGUCAGACGGGCCCGAGAGUGGCGUCACCAGGGGUGUGGAACCAGCCAUCAACUUGGCUCUUCGACAUAUCAACAAUGACAGUGACGUUCUGAGCGGGUGCCGAUUAAAAAUGAAGUUCUAUGACACUAAGUGCGAUAUGGCUGAAGGUACAAAGGCGUUUUUUGAAGCUGUUGCGGAAGGACCGCCUAAAGUAGCAUUAUUUGGCGGCAUAUGUGAAAAUGUCACUGCACCCAUUGCAGAAACAGUGGCAUGGUGGAACUUGAUACAGCUAUCGUACGCAAACACGGAACCUUUUUUAUCAGAACGAGAGAAGUACCCGACGUUCUUUCGAACCAUUCCGUCUCUGACAGAUUUUAACCCUGCUAAAUUGCAACUAAUGGAAUAUUUUAACUGGACACAUGUUGCAACCUUACAUCAGGACACGCCACAGUUUGCAUUUGCGCAAAAUAAGCUGUCCAGCAGCAUAGACGGUUCCGAGAAGAAAAUAAUCGAAAUGAAGAGCUUUGCCGAUGAUCCCACAAAUGCAGUAUCAUCCAUCAAGGAGUCUGGAGCAAGAAUUAUUCUGGGAUCCUUUGAUCAGAAAAUGGCGCUAGAUGUUUUCUGCAAGGCUUACAGAGAAGAACUAUAUGGCAGAAAGUAUGUAUGGAUUAUUCCGGGUUGGUACGAAGAAAAUUGGUGGAACGUUACUAACAUACCGGGUGGGUGUUCUUCCGGCGAUAUUCUGCAAGCACUUGAGGGGUCUCUGGCCACGAAUAGCCUGCCCCUGAGUACUAAAGCACAGGAAACAGUGUCUGGUUUGACACCAUCAGAGUACAAGCAGCAGUAUGACAACAUUAUUGGUAACAACUCUACUCCCUUUCAUGGAUAUGCGUACGAUGGAGUCUGGGUAAUAGCUUUGGCCCUGGACAAACUGCUGAGACGAACAGACAACAUUUCGUCGUUGUCCAAUUACACAUACGAUAACAAAGAAGUUUUUAAGCAGUUGUUUGAUGCAAUGAAUGAGACUGAUUUCUUUGGCGUCACAGGGCCAGUAAAAUUCAAAAAUGGUGAUCGUCUUGGUACAGUUGUGCUUGAGCAAUUUCAAGCUGGAAGGCAAGUUAAAAUUGGCGAGUACUAUGCACAUACUGACACUAUUAACGUGACAGAGAAUUCUAUCAUAUGGCAAGGGGGACUGCCACCAUUGGACCUUCAAAUUGUGCACAGGAUUCCCGCUGACGUGUCUCUCGUUUUAUUCGCCACAAUGUGUUGUUUCAGUUACAUUGGGAUCAUGGUGGCGAUGGUCUUCCUGUUUUUUAAUAUGAGAUUCAGAAAACACAGGUAUAUUAAGAUGUCAAGUCCGUACAUUAAUAAUCUGAUUAUAAUUGGUGGUCUUCUAUGUUAUGCGUCUGUGUUUUUUUCGGGAUCACAUAGUUCAUAUCGUUCAGACAAGGCUUUUAAUCUGUUAUGUGGGUUGAGGGCGUGGUCACUGGCAUUGGGUUUCACAUUGUCGUUUGGUGCCAUGUUCGCAAAGACGUGGAGAGUGUACAGUAUUUUCACAGACAUAAGACUGAAAAGGAAGGUGAUAAGGGAUGCGAAAUUAUUUACAAUAGUUGGCACAUUGGCGUUUAUUGAUUUGAUAAUUCUUAUCUCCUGGGGCAUCGUUGACCCUCUGGUAAGGCAAGAACAGGAAGGAACGGCGAAGCCGGACCAGAGUGGAAGUGACGUAACUAUUAUUCCCAUAACACACCAUUGCAAAAGUACCCGGAUGACGAUGUGGCUUUCGCUGAUCUAUGUUUCCAAAGGAGUGCUUAUGGUGUUCGGUUGCUUCUUAGCUUGGGAAACUCGACAAGUCAGUAUUCCUGCGCUAAACGACAGUAAAUACAUCGGUAUGAGCGUAUACAACGUUGUUGUCAUGUGUACCGUUGGGGUCGCUCUAUCGUUCUUCAUACCAGAUUCACCGAGUGCGUCGUUUGGUCUCUUAUCACUGUUCAUAUUAUUUUCAACGACCGUGACGCUUUGCCUUGUGUUUGUUCCUAAGAUAUUACAAUUGCGGAAAGAUCCGAAAGGUGAAGAUAGGAAAAUCCGAUGUACGUCACAGAAAGGCAACUUCAAGACCAACUCCAGUAUAAUCAAACUACAACAAAUGCAAACAGAAAAUAUUGAACUGAACCGAAUACUAGCAGAGAAAGAUUGUGAAAUUGCCAUUCUACUCAAAGAACUUAAAAUGAAAAUGCCAUUGGUUUUUAAGAAACUCGUAGAAGGCGAUGCGGCAACGGUAGAGGUCCAACCACACGGCACGUCGAAUUCAAAUCAACUAGAUUGCGACUAUGGGGGAGUGUACUUAAGCGUUCCUUUGUCCAAUCAUAUUGGCUUACCGACGUUUUCUGUGGGUGAAUUCGACUCUAAUGUCGAUAAAUCUGCUCUCUUGCAAGAAUGUGAUGGCGACAAUUGCCUCAGUAGUCCGUCCACGCAACAUUUAUGCGAAUGCCCUUUGCUGGAUCAAACACGUUUUUUGGAAGAAAUACUUCCUAUUUUAGGAUCAUUGCGUGAAACUGCGAUAUUAUCAGACUCAGACGACAGUCAACUUAGCCUUGGUGAAGGUAAGGAAUGGACGAGUAUUUCGUCCGCGGUUGACAAUUGCUAUGACAAUGGAUGGAUCAUGACAAGUAAUUCUAACUUUAAUAUGAUCAUCUGUAUACGUUGA